AAGAUUGUUUUCAAACAAAAACUGAUUUGAGUGUUGAGCGUAUUUUAUAAGCCUAUUAAAAUUGGUUAAUUGUUGAUAGAUUGCGUGAUAAAUUAGAGUAUCUAUUAGGUAUGGCGGUUAAAUUACUAAGUGAAACCGAAAAAUCAUUUAUAACAUACGGAGUUCAAGAUGAUUUCCGAUCAGACGGCCGAUCAAAUAUUGACUAUCGGCCUAUGGAGCUUGAGACUGACGUGGUGAGCCACGCCAACGGUUCAGCAAGACUGCGCCUAGCCAACACGGAUGUGCUCGUGGGGGUGAAGACUGAAGUUGACACCCCAAGCCCAGACAACCCUGGUGCUGGGAAAAUUGAGUUCUUUGUUGACUGCUCUGCAAAUGCAACUCCUGAGUUUGAAGGACGGGGCGGGGAGCAGCUGGCCAAUAGCAUAUCUAACAUGAUGCAGAGAGCAUACCACUCUUCCCAAGCCUUUAAUCUAAAGCAAUUGUGUAUAUUGGAUGGUAAACAGUGCUGGAAGCUCUAUAUUGAUGUUUUGAUACUAGAAUGCGGUGGUAACCUGUGUGAUGCAGUGUCUUUAGCUGUGAAAGCAGCCUUGUUCAACACUCGAAUACCAUUUGUGAAAGCAGCCCUCAUGGACGGAGGCAAUGUGGACCUGCAGCUGUCUGAUGACCCCUAUGACUGCAAACUGCUGGAUGUGGGCAGUGCUCCCUUACUUGUGACACUCUGUAAAAUAGGAGAGAAAUGUGUGGUAGACCCUUCAGCAGAAGAAGAAAGCUGUAGUGUUAUCUCAUUGGUUGUUGGUGUGACGGGCAACCCAAAGAACUAUUGUACACCAGAGGAAUCUGAUAAAGUGGCAGAGGGCAAGGCGAAGUGCAGUGCCAUCAGCAUGAGCGGACCUGGCAGUGUGGCGACUAAAACACUGAAAGAUGCUAUUAACCAGGGAAUUGUUGCUGCUCAGUCAUUAGACUCAGCCCUAGGACACGCUCUUCUGAGAGAAAGGAAAGAAAAUGUAACACUUAAAAAGCAUUCAUAUGGAUUUUUAAAAUAGCUGUACAGUAUAUUUUCACAAUUU